GCCCUCGGGGCUUGUUUUUUCGCGCCCGAGGUGGAGUUGUUCUCUGCCACAUCGCGUCCAACUGCUGGUCCUGAAACGAGCACGCUGUGGGGAGCAGGAAGCGGCUCAACCGCGGCGGAAGCGAGAGCGUUUUGCGUGUCGGGGGGAAAUCGCGCUCCUACUUUGAGUAGAGAGGCGCCGAGGAACAUGCGAUCGGCGCGCGGGUGCAAGGAUUCGCUCUUUUAACUCGCUCGCCGCUGCAACUUUUCGGUCCCACCUGGUGCCGGGGGCUCGGCUCCGCUUCAGCUGAGAUUCACGGAGACACUUUCGCGAUCUCGAGGAAAUGUCUCGCAAGAAGGCUGCCCGAGGCAAAGCCGCAACCAGCAGCCCGUCCGCAGGCAGCCCCGCCGGCAGAGGGACCGGGAGAGCUGCGAGGGGCAGCCCGGGCAUCGUUCAGAUGAACAGCGUGGUCCACCCCAGCAGACCCUCCGUCAGCAACAGCAGCGAGUUUUAUGACAUCGCUUUCAAGGUGAUGCUGGUUGGAGACUCUGGUGUGGGGAAAACCUGUCUGCUGGUCCGUUUUAAAGACGGAGCGUUCCUGGCUGGCAGCUUCAUCUCCACGGUGGGAAUUGACUUCAGGAAUAAAGUCCUGAACAUUGAUGGAGUCAAGGUGAAGCUCCAGAUCUGGGACACAGCCGGACAGGAGCGGUUCCGCAGUGUCACUCAUGCCUACUACCGUGACGCCCAUGCUCUCCUUCUUCUGUAUGAUGUCACCAACAAAACAUCCUUUGACAACAUACAGGCAUGGCUGACUGAGAUCCAUGAAUACGCCCAACAGGAUGUGGUGCUCAUGCUGCUUGGAAAUAAGGCUGAUGCCACUCAUGACCGGGUGGUGAAGAGAGAAGAUGGAGAAAGGCUCGCUAAGGAGUUUGGAGUUCCCUUCAUGGAGACCAGCGCCAGGUCGGGUCUCAAUAUUGAGCUGGCUUUCACUGCUGUGGCUAAGGAGCUGAAGCACAGGUCCAUGAAGGAUCCCACUGAGAAGUUUAAACUGCAGGAGUACGUGAAUAAGGAGAUGAAGGGCACCGGGUGCUGCAGGUCUUAAAGCCCGCUCCGGUCACUCUCUGGAUCUGUGUGUGUGUGUGUGUGUGUGUGUGUGCGCGUGUGUUCAUAUGUGCAUCACUCAUCUUUAUACAGCAUGUAGUCAAAUCUGGCCUGAUCAGAGAUGAGGAUUCAGCUCCAGUGAGGUACACUACCAGUCAAAUGUUUUAAAACACCCUACGUUUCCAGUUUUUAUUGACCUUUAAUUAGUUCAAUUCCUGUGAAUAUCCUUAAAUAGUAUAAAAGGUAAGCAAGAUACCAAAAAAAAAAAUUCUUUAUCAAAAACUGAAAAAAAAUCAUGUAAAUUUAAAAGAAAACAGGCCUUUUCCAGGGAUGAAGAAACUGGUUAACUUAUAGUUUUCCUGCAGUUAAUGCAAACAACUCCUACAGGUGUCCCCAUUUUGGUUGAUGACUCUGUACAAAGGCCGUGUUGGAACCAACUGUUUCUACAGCCUCUGAUGCAUUAUUAGGACAAUACUGUACUGCAGGAAGUGAAACUGUAUGAAAUCAAAUGGUGAGGAAAAAGACAAGUAACAAAGACCGACUGGUUAUUCAGGGCUUCAUCCUGCAGCAAGAUAAUGACCCAAAACAGAAGAAAAGAAUUAGACUGGUUUCACAUGAUGGAAGACCAGCACAAUCUCUAGACUUAAACCCCAUGGAGCUGGAUUUGGGUGAACUGGACAGAAGGUGAAAGCAAAGCAAACAAAGUGCAGCGCAUUCAUUGGAGCUUCUGCAACAGUGUUGGGAUGAACUUUCUGAGCAAUAUUUGAUUAUCAUUCUCGAAUGUAAUGAGUGUGUUCGGCUACUGAAUGAGUCAAAAUUUUAGAUUAAAUUUGGUUCAACAAGAAGAUUCCAGGAUUCCUUGUUUUUAAAAUGUCCAAUAGGUUAUUUGUCCUCAAAACACAGACAUUGAGUUAUAUAAAUUUAAAUAACUGGAAAAAUGGAGGUGUUCUAAAACUUUUACCAAAGGUUUAGUAAACUAAACUAAGACCAUUAGUGUAUAAACCUAUUUGCUAUGUUUCCCUACUCUCAAACCUCUCUGUCUCAGUACUCACAACCUCAAUCUGUUGCCCUGCACUCAUCUUACUGCCCUCCUCUAUCUUGUGGGUCCUGCUUUUCCUCACCCACCUCCUUCUGCAGCUGUGAAUGUAGCCCCAGGUUAUGGUUUGCAAAACACAAAGUUAGGUGCUGCACACCUCAGUUCUUAACCUAUUAAUGGACAUUUUCUUCCAUUUUCUUCCAUAUACCUGCAUGAUUAUCUGUUGAUGGCGGGAAUAGAAUCUAACACCUAGCAAAUACCUUUUCAUUACCUUGUGUGGUGAUUUUAUUGUGGAGGGAUUUCAUCUUUUUGCAAAGACAAGGUACACGUCUUUUAAAGCCAUUUACUUCUUAAAUCUACUUAAAAUGUUGUUUGAAUGUUCUCUUCUUGGUCAACAGACAGAUUAAGGUUUAUAUACUAGAUGUAUGGUGAUGUGUCUUCUGUCCAUGGUUCAGUGUUCACGUCAGUAAUUCAGGCUCCCUGGAGCCAGUUUAGCUCACCAGCAUAAACUCAAUCUAAGCAUUUCAUUCCGCUGUGGAUAUUCGGAAAUGUGUGUUACUUCAACAUAAUGUAAAAGUAAAUGUUGAUCUUUUGCAUAAAAAAAAAAAAAGACUGAGUACAGAACAGCGUCAUUAGCCACAUUAAACCAUUGUUUAGUAGAUUUGAAUUCAUGCUAAAUGUGGAAAUAUAGUUUAAACAAAUCUACAGACACAUUAUUGGGAUUUUUUCUAUUAGAGGAUCGGUUUUGAGUCUUGGAGAGCUAUAAUGCAAACUCUCUUCUUGAUAAUAUAUACAUAUAUUUAGAUUUUAAAUGAUUUAAAAACAGAUGGUCAAACAUACCAUAUGUAAUCUACAUACACUGGGGUUUUGACGGUGUAAAUACUUAACACUUUCUCUGCAUGUAAAAAAAGUUUCAAUAGGAGAAUAGCACUUUAGAUGGUAACUGAGCGUGGGUGUGGUUCUGGGAAUAAAGACCUAUAGUAUGUUGACAGUGUUACCUAAAGCAUUGUUUAUGAAAAACACGUGCAUUUCUUUUAUUUCAACGUUUUAUUUUUAGCCAGUGCAAACAUUACUAGAUUGCUUUAAUUCUUGCUUUUGUUCUCCAUCCAUGAAUAUAUAAAUGGGAUACAUGGUGCCAUGGUCUCUCUUAUAAUCUGUUAACAGUAUUGAACCUAUUCUUCAUAAAAGAAGCAUAGGCCUCUUUUUAUAUGACAGUUUGGUAGAUUUCAUCUUAGUCAUAGAAACCAUAAAAACUGAAUUUCUCUCUGUACAGUAUUUACUUUACAUUCUCCAAUCUUGAUGUUCUCAGUAAUGUGUUGGUUUUUGGUUUUACUACUUUUCAAUGUGCAAUUUUUUUCUUGUAACUUAAAGUUAACCAAAAUAAAAU